UGUUAUCAUAUUUUAGGUUAUUUAUUUCAAAAAUCAAAAUAAUUCGUUUCAAUGUUUGAAAAUUUAUGAUGGCUAAAAUUUAUUUGUUUAUUUUAUUUAAAGUUUACCUAUAAAUAUAACUAAAACAUUCCUUUAAAACUUGCAAACAUGAGUACAAAGAAUGAUAAACUAUAUAUUUAUGCAUUAGAGAUCUUUUUCGCCUGCGGAAUAUCUUUUGGUUCACAAAGUGUACAUUUUGAUAAUAUAAACACAUGGCUGGUCAUUGUUGCCCGCUAUGUUGUCUAUAACUUGAUCAUAAAAGGAAUACACGAAUUGAGUGUUAUUGGUUACAAUCAUUUCCAAACGAGGAGUAAAUUAGAUACCAAUAAAAUCCUUAACCAGAGUAAAAUAUUCCUGAUAAUAUUCGCAGCAUCCAUAAGUAUCUUAGUUUAUUCGAAACAACGGAUUUUCGACGAAGGCUUUCUAUUGUUUUUCAUUGGAUAUCUCAUAGCAAAGUACCCUGAAAUUGAGCAAAUAUCUUCGUCUAUAAACUAUGGCACAGGAAUGGCGUGCAGUUUCUUUGAAGGGUACCUCGUGCACAUAAUUCCCAGCGAUGGGGCAAAGUUCGUGGGCUUCGAAGAGAACAUCAACAUAUACGAAGCGAAGCAAGGUGUUAUAUUUCCGGUGAAGAAACUCUUCAUAAUCAUCACCAAGUCGCUCUACUGUCCGCCGGAUCUUAAACAGUUUAAUAAAAAAAACAAGCAACUUCCGUAUUUAGAGGCUUGCCAGGUUAGUGAGCAGUCGCUGGAAGACGUGGAGAAGGAUGUCGCGGGCGUUAAGAACCGCACGUACCGCAACUCCGCGUACAAGAUCUACCGGCCCGGACUGCCGCCCGUGUACCUCGCGGCCGAGUGCGCCACCCCGCUGCACACGCUGCACCGCGUGCUCGAGCGACGCGCGCUCUACCCCGAACUGUUAAAUAUUGACACUCAAGAAAUAGUUUCCGACUUCUGCGCGAUGCUUCGUUCGAUCAUUAGCAAGAGCUCGGACUGUCGCGACAAAUGUGAAUUAAUAUAUUACGAUGACAAAGAUCCAAAUCUGAAUCUAGCGGACAUCCUACUUGAGAAGAUAAGGGAGUUGGAACCUGAUUUUGAAAAUAUUAUCACAACUGAACCUAGGUGAAUCUAAUUAAUCACUAAUAUUUUUUUAUUUACUUAACGUAAAUAAGUAUUUUUUAAUUUUUAUAAACGUUUAAUAAAAGUCUGUUCAGUGUCGCAUUUUUUUAAACUUUGACGUAGUAUAUAAGCUUAGAGUUUAAAAUGUUUUGGUGCUAAAUAUAUUGCUAUCCUUUUCUCUUGUUUGAAGAUAAUAGAGAUAGCAAUAUUUUUCAUUCUGUCUAAUUAAGAGAUUGUAUACAAUAUGAUCACCACCACAGAUGUCUUAUUAAAAGAAUUUUUGACAAAAUAUUGAUUAUGACAUAGUGAUAAUAUACGGCCUUACUUGUAAAAGUUGCUUAGCGGUUAACAUUGAUUCCUCUCUUUCUAUCAUUAUUGCUUUGACAUUCGAUAGAAUUAUAACUUUCAAUCAUUAGCUACAAGGUCCUAGUUUUUCCAAUAUUUACCACUUAUAUCGAUAUUAAAUAUUUCAGCAUCUUUUAUAA